AUGUGCGCGUGCAUCAGGAGAGGCAAACUGUUGUGGGAGGAUUCACACCAUGAGAUUUUAGCAGAUGGUUUUUUAGAUCAGACACAGAACUGCAGGCCAGUGAUUGGUUUGUCUGGUUCUGAGACAAAUGAAAUAAAGUCGGUGUCAGUGAUGGAGGGAGAUUCUGUCACUUUAAACACUGUUGUUACUGAAAUACAUGAAGACGAUGACAUACUGUGGCAUUUCAGAGAUAAAAAGUCUCUGAUUGCUAAAAUCAAUAGACAGACUAAAAUCUCCUCCAUAUAUGAUGUUUCUGAUGAGAGAUUCAGAGACAGACUGAAGCUGGAUGAUCAAACUGGAUCUCUGACCAUCACAAACAUCUCAACUGAACACACUGGACUCUAUGAACUACUGAUUGAUGGAGUUAAACUGACAUCAAAAAUAUUCAGUGUUUCUGUCUAUGCUCAUCUGUCUGUUCCUGUCAUCAGCUCUAACUCUUCAAACUGUUCUUCAUCUUCAUCCUCCUCAUCCUCAGAGCAGAAUUGUUCAUUGGUGUGUUCAGUGGUGAAUGUGGGUCAUGUGACUCUCUCCUGGUACAAAGGAAACAGUUUAUUGUCCAGCAUCAGUGUGUCUGAUCUCAGCAUCAGUCUCUCUCUACCUCUGGAGGUGGAAUAUCAGGAUAAAAACAGCUACAGCUGUGUGCUCAACAAUCCCAUCAGCAACCAGACUCAACAUCUGGAAAUCACUCAGCUCUGUCACACAUGUUCAGGUACAGCAGAGCUGAUAUAUGUGUUUAUUUACUGAGCUGAUCUCUGUGUGUUGUUGCAGAACAGAUCAUUCCCUUCUCUUUCUCAUCACAGCACCAGACGGAGCGUCUCCUUCACACACAGUCUCUCUGAUCGUGCUGAUCGCUGCUGGAUCUCUGCUGAUUAUAACUCUGUUUGGGAUCUUCUGCAUUUGGAGGAGAAACAGAAAAACUGAUCAAGA